AAUCGAGCGCUGUCAAACAACGAGUCUUUUUCAUCCUGUCGGCCGUCGCAAAUAGAUAACUCGAAGUAAUGGCGGAUAGUUCGUCGCAUCUAAACUGGCUGAUCAUCCGUGAUCACAAUGCCUUUCUGUUGAAGCAGCGCAACAUCAGGAAGCCGUUCAGUACGGAGCCAAACAACUUGACUAACCUGAGCUCGUUCCGUUAUAGUGGAUUAGUCCACAAGAAGACGCUCAGUGUUGUUCCCGCCGAUAAGGGAAUCAGUCUCAUCUACAAGCGGCCGAAACAGCAGAACAAACCGGUCAAAUCGACCGUCAAGGUAACGCUGAAGCAUCGUCCACGCCGUACUCUGAAGAAGAUGAAGAAUAUCAUCAAUGGCAACAAGUACCGACGAGAUUUGCGUCAGGCGGCUCUACGUCGUGCCAGUGCCAUCAUGCGGUCCCAGCGACCGGCUACGGCAAAGAAGGGCGGCAAGACUGGUGGUGCUGCUGCUGCCUCCGGAAGCACGGCUGCCGCUGCCCCCAAGAAGGCUGAGUAAACCGCUGGUGUGGUUCUGGCAAAUGGUCGUUACGAUGUGGGAAUAUUUUCGUUAUGCACUCUGUGAGUAGAAAACGAUGAAAAAUAAAAUCUGCUAAAACUGCUAAUA